UCGGUCGCAGCACAACGCAUUCAUUACGAACGGUGCGCUGUGAAAGCUGUGUUUAUACCAAACGAUUGAAAGUGAAAAAUACUAAAGACACAGUGAGAGAGUGAGUGACAGAGAGAGAGAGGGAGACACAGCAGCAGGAAGACAGGCUAAGCGCAGUCAGUGGACAGUAGAGACAGUGCGGCAGUGACAGUGACAGUGUUUAGUCUGCUGUUAUCAGCGGCGCUAGUGACAACUUGAAUAGUCACGUUGACAGGCGCGGCGAUAGAGUGAAGAGUGAAGAGACGUGCCGUGUGCCUGCAGAGCCGGCGGCAAAAAGGCCACAAAGACCAAGAGUAAAUUAACAACUUAAAAGCUACACAAUACACAAAUACAAAUAAACACAUUUUGUUAAACGUCUGUCCAUACACCUGCAAUUGUGUGUGUGUGUAGGUGUGCUUGUGCUUGUGUGUUUGUGAGUGGGAGUGUUUGUUCCUGUCUGUGGCUGCGUCGUUUCGCGCCUCUCUCAAUUAACGUCCCGCCUCCCGCAGUGGAGCUUCAAACCUGACUCUGAAUACAAACAAACAACAACGAUUUAUAUUCGUAGUGGCGGCAAUAAUUAACGACAACAACGACGAGCCAAACGAAACGAAAGUAAAAUAAACACCAACAACACAAAAAUUUGAAACGAAAACAAACAACAAAAAAGAGAAAAGAAAAAAAAGCGCAACAAUCGACAGAGAAAAUUACUGCUUAAAUGCUUUGGCAAUUAAGCCAAAAAUUGUUAACAAAAUGCGCAAUGCAUAAAAUUAAACAACGAACAGCAACAACAACAACAACAAGAGCAGCAACUACGACAGCAACAGUAGCAACAACAGCAACAAGAGGCAAAAGAGGAACAUCGACAGCAACAGCUAAGCAAACAUUUAAAGUGCGGACGCAGAGGACGGCGACGACAGGUGGCAGAUUGGCCCCCAGCAGAGCCGUCGCCGUCGUAUUGAAUUAAUUUCGGCUUUGUGAAUGGCACGAGGCGCAAAACGAAGCGAAAAGAGCCGAAAACACACAGCACACAGACAACAUAAAGGCAAUUGCCUACUUUAAAAACAGAAACCGAAAAUUGAAAAACAAGCUGGAAAAGAACUUUACAAUAGUUGUUGUUGCCUCCGCCGCCGUCGCACGAGAAAUCAACGAUUGUCGACUGCGGGAACUGCGACAAGUUGACACAAAACUUCUCUUUUUUAUUGAUUUUAUUUACGGCCAAUAAUAACAACUAGCACAGCAGAUGGCAAUGAACAAUAGGAAAAGGAAAAACAUUACGGCUUGCCGCUGAAAAUAAAAAAAAAAAAGAAAAACAAAACUCGAACGCAAUGUGAAUAAUUUUACUCAAACGUAUCACGAAACAAUAAGAAACAAAUACAGAAACAAAAACAAUAUUGAAUACAGCGAGCGAGCGAGUGACAGAGAGAGAGAGCACGCGUUCGGGAGAGAGGGAGAUAGCGAAAGAGUUGGCAUAUAACUCACAUUUAUUUCAGCCUGCCACAAGUCAUAAUGCCCCAUGAUGAUUCAAGACAAGAACAACGCACACACGCACAGCCCAUAAAAGUGUGCUAUAAAAAUGAAAAACUUAUAAAUUAGUUAAAAAAUAUUAGACAGAAAGAAAUAGAGGCAGAGAGAAAACUACAAAAAGAAAAACGAGUAAAUUAAUUUUCAAGUUUAAGCUUGAAUAAUUGGACAACGAUUGCCAUGCAUAAAUGGCCAGGACCAUAGAAAGUAGAGAACAAUAAGAACAACAAAACAAGAAAGUAGAGGAAGCAACAGUAGCAAAAACGACAAAAGCAAGACUGAUUUUUAUGUUUUAGUUAGCUUUAUUCUCUUAUAAAUAAACCUGGCAGCAGAACAAACGACCUGAAAUCAGAAUCGGAACUUCACAAACACCAACGAAACGAAACGAAACGCAACGAACAACGAAGCGGAAACCUUAGGAAAUCCGCUUCCAGGACAACACAAUUAUCAGCAGCACCAGUAGCAACUGCGUUAUCCUUGUCACUAUCAACAUUACCGACAUCAUCAUCAUCAUCAUCAUCAACAACAACAACAUCGAGCAAGUGAAACUAUUGAAGCGCAAUGUUUGUGUUUAUUGCCGUCCUGCUUGUCAAUGGCUGUCUGGCUGGCACCAUUCCGGCCGCAAUUCCAGCUACACCGGAAAACAUAACCGUCACAUUUCUAACGCCCACCGCGGUGCGUGUUUCGUGGCAAACGCAGAUCGAUCUCAAGGCGCAUCCCAUCGAGAAGUACAUAGUGACCUAUAAGCCCACAGAUGACAGUUACAGGGUUGUACAGGAUGUCGCCGGCAGCAGUGAGGCCAUUGUCCUGGACCGUUUAUUGCCCAGCACCCAGUAUUCGCUGUCGGUCACCGCCAUCUGGAUGGGCAAAAAGUAUCGCAGCCGGGGUCAGAUCAAAUUUCGCACCUUGGAUUUGCCCAAGAACACAUCACAGCAGGACUUUCCGCCGGGCAUCUAUGGCCGCAAUGGGUCCGGCAAUGGCAGCAUCUUUGGCGACGACGUCACCUCCACAGCCACCAACACAUUGACGCACAGCACAACGCGCGAGCUGCCAACGAUACGAGGCGUGGAAAUUGGCAUUGUGCUCAUCGUGCUGAUGGUGUGGGCCGGUGCCAUUGCACUGUUCUUUAAUCGUUGGGGCAAGAUACGCAUGCUGCUGCCGUAUCAGCCGGAUUACAAGCACGAGCAGCUCAAGGUGCCAGGAACAGGCGUGUGCAGCGCCAGCGGCUGCAAUGGUCAGCACUCGCAUCAGAACCUACACCCCGAUUUCUUUGUCAAGUUCGACAGCAGUGAUUGUGGCGGCACCUUUGCUCACCCACCGUUGCACUGCAAUAGCCGCCACAUCCACAUGCUGGCGGAGGAGCGUUCCACAUCGAUAUCGGAGCGCUGCACACGCAGUCGCAUCAAUUCGGCCAUAUUCGUCUCGUCGGAGGGUCGCGGCUUCGAUUCCAUUGAGUUCCUGCGACGCCACGGCUCACAGAGUGUCCUUUGCCGCAAGGCCAAAAGUGCCGAGAAUAUCACAGACAAUGGACGCCGGAAGAGUUUGCGACCUUGGCGCACCGACGAUGACUCCGUCCAACCGCAGCAGCACCAACAGCAAGACUCCUCCCAGGACAUCGAGCUAAAGGAGUGCGGCAACACCGCUGGCGAAUUACUCACGCUGCCUGUGCUCCAUGACGCCAAGCAAUCGCCCACAGCGACGACCAGUCUAUUGGCCCGCUCCUCGGCCAUUACCACGGCCAAUGUGAUUGUGGGCAGCAUUUCAUUGGAGGCACCUCCACCAUAUAUGCAGGAUGAUGACACACACUCAAUAUCGGCGUUGAUUCAUAGCGAUGCCGCUGCCAUUGUGCAUGACUCACAGGACUCAGCGGAAACCGUGGAGGAGCUGGUACAUGUGCCACUGCUGGCAAGUCAAACAGCCACAGCAUCGGUUUCGGCCGCCUCAUCGCCCAGCAUUGCCAUCGAGGCGAAGCCACGUGUACUGGUGCAUCAACGCUCCUCGACGGCGUCUUCAUCGCCGCACAACAGUCCCAAGAGUUUGGGACUCGGCCUAAAGAUUGUGAAGCCCAAGAUUAAUGCCGUGCCAAUGGUGUCAGUGUCCGGUCCAUCGCCGCCCAUUGAGAAACCGCCGCUGGCGGAGUGUUUGUAACAAAUGGCAGCCGAAACAUUUAUCUAAGCGCGCUCACUCACGGCAUCUGGACACCCCAGACCUAGUCCCUGUUCCCACGACCCACAACCCAGACCAGCACCAGACACCAACCAUACACGAAGACACAGAGAACACAGAAGAACCCAACUAGCACUUGCACGACCCACACAGAAUCUCAGAUAUGGAAGAAAGUGGAUAGUAAAGUAUGCCAGCUGCUCAAAUAAGUGUUUCGGUGAUGCUAGAGAGAUUGAAUUCUACUCUGCUGCAGGAAGUAGAACUAGAACUAGGAAUAGGUGUAGGCGUAGGCGUAGGAGUAGGAGUAGGAGUAGCAAUAGGAAUAGGAAUAGCUGUAGUUAUUGUACCAAAAAGUAAAAAAUAAAAGGGCAUUGCCAUGCAGGAAAGCUUUGUAUAUUCAAGAACAACGACUGAAGUAUACACAUAUGUUACAUGUAUGUACGAACAUGAACUUUUAGACGUUUAUAAGGCGUUCUAUAGUAGUAUACACCACAUUAACACAGACAGAAACAACUGAUAAAUCAGCUUUAACAACAAAACAUGUAAACUAUCAGGCUUUAAUAUUAUGAUGAAUUUCUGGUCAUAGGCAGACCAACUAACAACAACCUGUUGAACAAGUUAUUCUCGUUAUUGUUCUCCCUAUACCAAUACCAUUUACCACUUAUAUUAGUAUAUACCUAACAAAUAUAGAUAUUUAUAUAUAUAUAUAGCCAAAACUAGGGCACCACACAUAUUUAUACACCACUCUUAUAGAACUUAUAUCAAUUUAACUAUACAUACUAUACAUAUAUAUGUAUAUUUAUAUUUUCAUUGGUAGCCUAUACACUUGCUACAAAUGUGUGUACUUAGGCAUUACCUUAGAGGUAGAUAAUCCCUUUGACCCACACAACUGUACACCUAUCUAUACACCCAAUACUAAAUUUACAUUUAUAGGCUUCUAGGCACAAUGAAUAUUUAGUCCGAAUCAGAAUGUUACUUAUAUAUAUACAUAGCUAACAUAUCAAUUAACCCACGACCAAAAACGAAACGUUGAAACUGUAAACUAGUCGAUAAAUUUAAAUUCCUACUAUGAUAUUGUAAUUAACGUCAAAUAAGAAAGUGCCCAGGAUGAGUUCUAAGUGUUUUUAAAACUACUUGUACUUGUACGUUUUCGUGUAGUUUGUAAUUUUUAAUAAUAAUAUAUAUACUAUAUAUAAUUCUAUAUACUAUAUAUAUUAUAUAUACCAAACAUAUGUAUGUACGAACUCAUCAUGUAUCCUUGUAGUGUUUAAGCAUGAAUUUUAACAACAGUUUCACUUGAUGUACCUACAUACAUACUUAUAAUAUAGAUACGAGUACUUAGGUAUAUGAAUUCCUUGAUAAUAGAGAUUAUACAUUUAAAUUAUAGAACUGAUGGCAGCACACAGAAAUCAUUUGCUCUCUCCUCUUUAGGUAGUCAUUAUAUUUUAGUUAUGUUACUCAAAUUAUCACAGCAAUAAUUGCCCAAAGUAAUUCCCAACUUAUCCUAAAUACUAACAACUAUUUAAAACUAUAACUUCAGUUGAAAUCAAAUCAAAUCUUAUGUAAAUACACCCGCACAUGCUACAAAUUCUAAUCCCACUAUAGACUCUCAUCAGCCUAUGAAUAUACCAUUUCUACUACGAGUAUGUACUCUAAUGGAACACGAGAUGUUGUUAUAAAGGAAUUGUCAAUUUAUGGUCCAAAGCUACAAUAAAAAACACCAUUCAAAUGGGUCAAAAGUAAGCUUAACUAAGUAAUACUUAGAUUAUGUUCAAUUCGAAAAAAACAAAUAUGUGGAUGUGUAUUUUUUGAAAUCAAAUAAACGAA